AUGAAGAAGAACAUGUCGUUGAUAUAUAAGAAGAAACUAACGGUGUUGAUCGUUGACGAGGAUCCAUAUCGCUGUGGAGAUUACAUGGGAAUCAUUCAAAUGGCUGGAGGAUUUGCUUACAUGACGAGAAACGCCGAGGAGGCGGUGAAACUCCACCGUGAUGGUGAUUAUUACAACCUUAUAAUCAUGGAUAUGAAUGAUAUGUCUCUCAUCGAUGGAGUUCCCCUAAUCAAGAAGCUAGGAGACAUGAAGGUGACGUCAAUGAUCGUGGGGGUGACGUCGCAUGAAGACGAGAAUAAGGCAUUCAUGGAAGCUGGAGUUGACCACUGCUUGGUAAAACCCUUAACCUUUGGAAAAAUGGAUCCGAUCAUUAACCAGCUCAAAAGCCUAUGA